GGCCGGGCGCUCAACUUUCUCUUCUACCUCGCCCUGGUGGCGGCGGCCGCCUUCUCGGGCUGGUGCGUCCACCACGUCCUGGAGGAGGUCCAGCAGGUCCGGCGCAGCCACCAGGACUUCUCCCGGCAGCGGGAGGAGCUGGGCCAAGGCUUGCAGGGCGUCGAGCAGAAGGUGCAGUCUCUGCAAGCCAGCUUGAGGAGCUCCCAACACAAACAAGAUCUCACAGAGAAAGCUGUGAAGCAAGGGGAGAGUGAGAUUAACCGGAUCAGUGAAGUUCUGCAAAAACUCCAAAAUGAGAUCCUCAAAGACCUCUCGGAUGGGAUCCACGUGGUGAAGGAUGCCCGGGAGCGGGAUUUCACGUCCCUUGAGAACACGGUGGAGGAACGGCUGACGGAGCUCACCAAGUCCAUCAACGACAACAUCGCCAUCUUCACCGAGGUCCAAAAGAGGAGCCAGAAGGAAAUAAACGAGGUGAAGGCGAAGGUUGCCGCUCUGGGAGAAUUGGAGGGGUACAAGCAAGAUGUGAGGGCCUUGAAGGAAGUUGUGGCGGGAAUAGAGAGCUCCGUGAAGUCCAGUGAAGUGGACAUCGCGGCCCUGAGAAGCACCCUCCAGUCCAUGGAGUCUGAUGUCUACACUGAGGUCAAGGAGCUGGUGAGCCUGAAGCAGGAGCAGCAGAAGUUCAAGGAGGCGGCCGAUUCGGAGCACCUCACCCUGCAGGCUCUCACGGAGAAGGUGCUCCGGUGCGAGGAGUCCAGCGGCCGCCUGCCUGCGGGCAUGCAGCGGCUGGAGGAGGAGCUGCACCAGCUGAGAACCCAGGCCCAGCAGCCCGGUGCCUUAGAAGCGCUCGAGGAAGAGAAUCGUGGGCUGGACUCCAGGCUGCAGCGUGUGGAGGGCGGAGUCCAGGCUGCGCAGUCGGCCUCUGCCCAGCAGAUGCAGAGCCUGGAGUCCCUCCUGGCCAAGAGCGAGGAGCAGGAGCGGCGCCUGGCGGCCCUGCAGGAGCACCUGGAAGGCCUGGGCGCCCCCUCGGAGGCCGACAAGGGCGGCCUGGCCAGCACGGUGAGGAGCCUGGGCGAGGCCCAGCUCUCGCUGUACAGCGACGUGGAGGAGCUGAAGAGGAGCGUGGGCGAGCUCCCCAGCACCGUGGAGGCGCUCCAGAAGGUGCAAGAGCAAGUCCACACGCUGCUGGGCCAGGACCGGGCCCCCGCGGCCCACAUGCCGCCCCAGGAUUUGCUGGAUAGACUGUCUUCUCUGGACAACCUGAAAUCCUCAGUCAGCCAAGUGGAAUCGGACUUGAGAAUGCUCAGGACUGCCGUGGACAGUUUGGUGGCGUACUCCGUGAAAAUAGAAACCAACGAGCACAACUUGGAGUCGGCCAAGGGUUUACUAGAUGACCUGAGGAGUGAUCUGGAUAGGUUGUUCUUGAAAGUCGAAAAGAUUCAUGAAAAAGUCUAAAAGGCUGUUGGGGCACGGAUUGUAAGUCCAGUUUCUCACGACCAAAAAAAGUUUGUUUUCUCCCAUGUUCCCCUCCCACCUCGCCCCUGCCACCUCCUGGACCAGAACACCAGGCGCUUGGUAUUUUUGUGCCCCGUUAAUUUAUUACCGUGAUUGCCACACUCGCUGGUUUCUCACGUUUUCUGCUUCUGCUGUGGUCGGUGCCGCAUGCCCAGCCCCUUCCCCGGUGCUCCGGGAAGGGCGGGCUGGCGCUGGCCGAGGGAGCAGCCCCUCACCCUGCCGGCCCAAGUGAAAAGGGGAGGAGGCGCUUUUCUGCCUGAUUGUCUUUAAGGGAAAUUCUUGUCUUUUUUUUUUUUUUUUUUUUUUACUACUUCGGGCCGAAGUUUCCGUGAGACGUCACUCACUCCUUGUCUUCCACUUUAAACUGGCCAACGCUGGCAGGUGUCAGUUGUGAAUCGGGAGAGGGACGCACCCUCAGCUGCUGACUGUCGCCUCCCUGGCGUGGGUGUCUCUCCCGUCCCUGAAUCCUCUGACUGCAAAGGUGACUGCAGAGUCUGAGCGUGCAGGUGCACCGCCCGCAGAGCGCCCGGCCCACCUGUGUUAAGAUACCUGGCGGCGUCCCUGAGGAGUGCCGGUGUGGCCUCCCCACGGGGGUGUCCUUGGGCUCUCCCAGGAAGCGUGUCUGGGAGCUGGCCACCAGGGCAGUGUCUCCCCGGGAGGGGCGGCCAGUCUGGUGAUGUCCAUGAAGGGGACCCCCGUUCUAGGAGGAACGUGUGUUUUCCGUCCUUGUUCCUCUGUCUCCCCUUCCCUUUGAGCUGUACUGUUCUUUAACGGCUGUCUUGCCCUUCAAAAAAGCAAAAAGAAAAAUAGAAAAAAAAACAAAAAAUGAAAAGGGGAAAAAAAGAAUUUUAGUUUACUGUGAAAUGAACUGUAUGGCUUAUUUACAGUAUUUUUAAUUCUUAAUAAACACUUGAG